AUGAAACAAGAAAUUACUGUUGCUCUUGAUCUCUUAUGUUCUUAUAUAGAACAGUUCGGUUCAAUAAAAGUCGAAAGUAUUAAACAGUUUCGUGAUGAAUUAGAAAAAAUGUUGACUAAACGGUAUGAAGGACAUUGGUAUCCUGACAAUCCGAACAAAGGACAGGCAUAUCGUUCGCUUGAAUUCAAUGCCGAAAACGAUUAUUGUGAUCUUAUUGUUGUUAAAGUAUGCCAACAAUUGGGCUUUUCAUCGAAAUUACUUGGCAUUCGACACCAAUUAACAUUAUGGAUUGAUCCAUAUGAAGUAUCAAUCAGAUUGGGCAAUCCAGCUCAUCCAAAGGAGAAUCAACAAUUAAUUGUUGCCCGUUUCGACAAAGAAGGAAAUGAACUGAUGCGUAACGAUCUCGAAGGAUUAUUUUCUCAAACUCGUACACCCAUUCUCAAUACAUCCCGAUCAUCACCAACAAAUAUUUCUCCUUGCGAAUCAACCAAUUGUUCAGGCUCGUCAACGCCACAACGUACAUCAUCACCAUUCCCAGCUCUUCAGCCGUCGAUGUAUCAUAACGGACCACUCUUUACACCGCCUCGAGCUUUGUCACCGAAAGCUCCAGUAUUUCACAUGUCCUCAUCAUCUCCAAUUAACGUUCCAACUAAGCCACAUCCGUUAGAAAACAGCAUUAACAAUAGCGAUGAAGGUUCAUUCAAUGAAGAAAGUCAUGCUCAACCAGACCGCUCGGAUACUCCUCAAUCCAUGCAUAGCACAACAUCGAAUGAAUCCACAGACAGUGGCUAUUGUGGUUAUGUCGAAAGUUAUCCAUACUAUUACAAACUCAAUCGUUUACAGAGAGCAUUAGAUAUGCAAAAACUUUCUGUUAAUACACGUCAACCAAAUAAAAGCUCCCAUCAUCGUCGUAUGACACAACACAUGUAUCAACAGAUACAACACAAUCACAUUCCAGCACUUUCGUCUGCCUCACCACCGACACCAACUCCAUUGAAUAUUGAUCAAUUAACCUCCUUUUAUGCCCAUCAAGCAUUCCUUCCAAUAUCGACACCUGCUACUGGUAAUCGUAAAUCUAAAUAUUAG